UUCGUUUAUUUCUUUAGAUGGCCGCCUCGGUCCCAGUAUUUAUGUACCCGAACCCUCUUCAGCCUCUUUGCUUCCAUCUAACCAAACCACCGAAAAAAUUCCACCAUGCAGGCCGGCGAAGGAAUUACGACCCGAUCUCCGGCAGCAGGAGGGGCUCCGGCGGGUCUGACGGCGGAGGAGUAUGCGGGCCUGCGCUCCGCGAUCGAAACCCACCAUCGGUACGACGUCGGCCCGGGACAAUGCUCCUCCAUCCUCGCCCAGCGGAUCCGGGCCCCGGCCGCCACCGUCUGGUCGGUGGUCCGGCGGUUCGACCGUCCCCAGAUCUACAAGCACUUCAUCCGGAGCUGCGCCCUCAAGGACGGGAGUGAUGGCGGUCGCGAGCUCCGACCGGGGUGCCUCCGCGAGGUCAGCGUCAUAACCGGCCUCCCGGCGAGCACCAGCACCGAGCGCCUCGACCUCAUCGACGACGGCCGGCGUGUGCUCGGCUUCACCAUCGUCGGCGGAGAGCACCGCCUCCGGAAUUACCGGUCCGUUACCACCGUCGACGAGCUCCCCGCGGGGGAGGGCGGGGAGCCCCGGACGGUGGUUCUCGAGUCGUACGUGGUGGACGUGCCGGAGGGGAACACCGUGGACGACACAAAGCUGUUCGCCGACACCGUCGUCCGCCUCAACCUCCAGAAGCUCGCCUCGGUGACGGAGGCAGCGACGCGAUCUGAGAAGAAGUGAGACGCACAAGGAUCCAGGGAAAGUUACCAAACCGCCCUCUGGUUGCCACCUCACACGGGAUGACGGGAAGGGAGGCCGACGGCGGAACGAAGGGUGAAAGCGGUAAGCCGUCCUCCGAGACGGGGUUGUUUUGGUAGUUUUGCCUGCCCUCCGUUGCUGUCGGUUUCGUCUUCCGUGCGAUAGCCCACCUUCUUGUGACCUCCAACCGAGAUAAAAGAAAGCAAUCAUAUCGCGGUGGGCCCCGGUGUGGUUUUGUUUUUGUUCUGGGGAAGUUGGUGGUGUGGAGGAGUUCCUUCGCUGCUCGUGAAUCGUGUGUAUGUACACACUCGGUCAUGCUUAUCGGUCUCAUCUUUUUUGUCUCAUGCAACUCGUGGGUGGGGUGUCUUUGAAAA